UGUUGGAAAACAAUCAUUCAUAGUUUCAUAAUAUAAUGUCCAUGCAAACCUGUCCAUCCCCACUCCCUCGUGCAUGAACCAACCACACCCUUAUAUAUAGGGCUCUAUACUCGGGGCAAAGGUGUGAGACAGGAAUUGAGCAAUUGCAAGUUUUCCUUCUGACCUUCCUUCUCUCCCUUAACACAAGGGAAAAUCAGAGAGAGACAGAGAGAGUGUGUCAUAGAGAUUCCAAAACCAUGUCCCACAGUCCUAUAACCUUCAUCUUUGGUGUUCUAGGCAACAUUGCCUCCUUCGUGUGCUUUCUGGCACCACUACCGACAUUUUAUAGAGUUUGUAAGAAGAAAUCAACCGAAGGGUUCCAAUCAAUUCCGUAUGUAGCUGCACUCUUCAGUGCAAUGCUUUGGAUUUUUUAUGCCUAUGUGAAGACCGGAGAAACGCUUCUUAUCACAAUCAAUGCAUUUGGUUGUGUGAUAGAGACAAUUUACCUUGCCAUAUUUAUCACUUACUGCCCCAAGAAAGCUAGGAUGUCGACCCUGAGGAUGAUUGUCUUGUUAAAUUUUGGGGGAUUUUGCACGAUUGUCCUCCUAACCCACCUCCUGGCAAAAGGAGAAGGCCGUGUCAAGCUUCUUGGUUGGAUUUGCGUUGUCUUUGCCACUAGUGUUUUCGCCGCACCUUUAAGCAUUAUUAGGGUGGUUAUUCGCACCAAAAGCGUAGAGUUCCUUCCUUUUCCUCUUUCACUCCUCCUCUUGGUUAGCGCAAUUAUGUGGCUCUUAUACGGGAUUUCUCUGAAGGAUAUCUAUGUCACGCUCCCGAACGUUGUGGGGUUAACGUUUGGAAUCGUUCAGAUGGUUCUCUACGCAAUGUACAGAAACAAGAAGCCCGUAAAGGAUGAGAAGCUCCCAGAACACAAAGGUGAUAUCAACAAUGAUGAAAACGUGGUUCCAAGUGUGACAGACGAGAAUGAACAAGGGGUUGGAGACAUCGAAAUUGGGGGGAAGAAAGAAGAGAAGGAAGAUGAACAACCUGAACCUGAGAAGAAACAGGACCAAGUUGUUGAAGACCAAACAGAGCUCAACGACAAGAAGAAAACAGGGGAUCCGGAGAGAGAGAGUUGCCAAGUUUAAUUUGAUGGAAGAUGUACUGUGUGCCUCAAUCUCUAUCUCUCUGUUUAGCUGUGCGAUCCAUGAUCAAUUUACGUGUAAAAUUGGUAUAACGUACACAAGGGGCAGAGACGGUGUAGAUAUCCAUGUCUAUUUUCUACACAGUUUUUUAACUUAUUUUGGUUCACUUUUAUUGUUUUCCUAUUACUUCAAGCUUUUCAAGCCCCUCCCAAUACAGGGAAGUCCAUAGACAGAGUCGCUCCCUUAUUAUGGUGAUAAAUAUUAAUUAUUAUUAUUAUAGCAUAGACUAUAGUUGUAAAAGCUCAUUCCAAGGACCUUUCACAGUCGGGAGCUGAUCCAGUGUGCAUGCAGAGACUCUGAUUAUGCAAUCUCUUCCUUUUAUGAAUACUUUUUUACACAUAAAAUACUAUCCUAUU